CGUAUGUCGGUCUGCCAUAACAUCAAGUUUGUAAUCAGCUACCGACUCUGCCACUUUUAGUUAAUUUAUUAGACGGAAAUUGUAAUUAUUGCAAUCUGCGGUGUGCUGUUUUGUGAUAACGUUUGAUUGCUAUGGACCAUACAUACAGCUGCUGUAAAUCCGAUAUUUUUAUCUUAUCCGACCUACAAAAUAAGUUGAGGUUAUUGCUUUUCCAGGACUUUUAAAUAUUGUCCACUUAAGUGAUGCGUGGGAAUUAUCAGUAUUGUGAUAAACUGCGUAUCGUACGUGCUUCCAUUGUCCACGAAAUAUUAGUAAACCACAACAUACGAGGAGUGCUGGUUAUAGUGCACAAUGCACUUGUGCGUAUAUAAACAGUUUCUUAUAACAAUAAUAAAUGUUCAGGACUUAAGAUUGUUUACGCGACGGCGGUAAAUGGUACAUCGUUCCUACUUGGUAUAAAAAACCACACAUAACUUCCACAAUUCUUCUGCACCUCAAUGAUUUCAUAUUGCGAAGAUAGGUGAUACACUAUAACUUUUUGUAGUAGCCAUAAAGUACGCACAGUGAAUGAUGCAGUUGCAUUAGACAUAAACAUUUUGUUAUUACCCGCGUUUAUGUGCUCUGAAAAAUGUCUUCUUAUGCCAAAAAUCGUCCACCAUAUUUUACUACGGACAGCGAAAGUCCAAUCCUAUCACCGGACUUGCAAGAUGAAACAUCAUUGUCAGCUGAUUCAUCAGGAAGCUCCGACCUAAAGGACAAGUGUACGCAGACAACUCUUUCCAGCACAAAACAUUUUCACGCUUCAAGAUUAUUGUGCUAUGAUGUCGGAUGUUGGACAACAAAAUCCGAAAAAGAUGACUCCGUCGAUAAGUUCACCAAAAACACGAAAGCGGUGAUAAAACGGCGUGUUUAUGGACUUAACCAAAGGCCCGUUCAGUUCCUGGGAUCCCUGUUUCCUUUAAUCUCGAACAUUUUGAAUUAUAAAUGGACAUGGGUUUUAAAGGAUUUUAUCAGCGGCGCUGUUGUUUCCAUGAUUCAUCUUCCGCAAGCCAUGGCUGGAGCGAUGACAGCCGUAAUGAGACCCCAGCAUGGUUUAUUCAUUACCAUCUUCCCUGGACUUAUGUACGCCUUUCUGGGAAGUUCACCACAGAAUUCUGUUGGUGGAAUGCCGAUUACCGCUGCAUUGACUGGCGUCAGUAUGUCCAGAAUUCGUGAGCAUUAUCAUCCAGAAAACUACACAAUAACCAACGCAGGGGAAAUGUUGGAUGUGCAUUUCCAAAUUGCCGGCGCUGUAGCACUGGUAGCUGGCUUAUUUCAGCUGCUAAUGGGAAUUUUCAAACUGGGAUUCUUGUCGAAUAUAUUUUCAACGAAUGUUAUGGAUCCAUUUUCCGUGGCCUGCUGUAUGCAGGCGAUUUUUGGUCAGGUGCCGAACAUGUUGGGCAUUGGAUUGUUCCCCUAUUGCGGACUAGCAAAGCAUCCAUGGCUGGUGUCAAAUAUGUUUAUCAACAUCAAGAAUAUCAAUGCAUAUGACACAAUGAUAUCCGUCUUGGCGGCAUCGUGCAUACUGGGAUUUAGGGAAUUUCUCCAGCCCAUCCUUUUCCGCAAAACCAACAUUGUGUACCCGAUUGAGUUUUUUGUGCUAGUACUGGGUGCAUUAGUAUCAUAUUGGUUCAAUCUCAACGAACGGUUUGGUGUGCGAAUUCUAGGUGCUAUUCCGGAAAGCUUACCCCUUCCACAACCUCCGCCUAUGGACUAUAUACCGCAUGUUUUGGGAGAGGGAUUUAUAAAUGCUUUGGUGUCCUUUGGGUUAACGAUAUCUUCAGCUAAAAUUCUCGCCCGCAAGGAAGGAAACAAAAUUUCGCCUAGUCAGGAACUGAUAGCAAUAGGAUCGGCCAAUGUGUUUGGGUCUUUCUUUUCCUGUUUCAUAUCUGCCGCACCAGUCGGCCGAUCAGUUAUCAACCAGUCAAUGGGCAGCAAGAGCCAGCUAUCCACGAUUUUUGGCUGUUUGUUCAUGAUGGUUUUGUUUCUGUCUGUCGGCCAGUCGCUAUAUUACCUGCCGGUUGGAAUCGUUUCUGCCAAUAUCGUGGUGACCUUAAUAAUGACCCUGAAGAUUUUUGGGGACCUGCCAACUUUAUGGAAAGCCAGCAAACCAGACACGUUUACCUGGAUUAUCACAUUUACUGCCUGCAUUGUGUUGGAUGUCAGAGUGGGACUUAUCAUUGGAAUAACUUUCUCUCUAUUUUUUGUUACCUAUCGAAGUCACAGGCCAAAAGUCCGCGUCCUCGGGAGAAUAAAAAAAUCAGCCGGAUAUCUGCCACUAAAAGAAUACAGAGAGGCAACGGAAAUACCGGGUAUCAAAAUCUUGCAAGUUCAAAGCGCCUUCCACUUUGGGAAUGCUGAAUAUUUGGUGAAGAAAAUCAAAAGCAUGAUAAUCGACCCUAAUCCACCUCCUGUGGCAGAUCCCGGUAGUUAUAUUGCCACUGUUGUCAACGAGCGCGAAGAGUCACCUAUUGGUCGCAGGCGGUCAGUGGUUGCGGCUGUCAUGAUCGAAAGGAACCGUGUCCACGACCAGGAAACAUCUCGGCCACUACUCGAACAGACAAAUCAUCAGGUAAUUCCUCUCGGCACUGCCAAAAGCGCUCCAAAUUUAGCGGAUUUCUCAGAAUUUGAAGAGGCAGGUUUUGACAAACCGUCCAGCAAAAAGACAAAAUUUUCCUUCAAGAAACUGACACUCUCCGUCAAUGAUCCGAACAAAGCUAAAUCGUUAAUGCGACCUUCCAGUUCCGCCACAGCGUCCACCGAUACUUUAGACGAGCUCGAAACCGAUUUGACCCGAGCCAUAAUCGACUUGAACAUGACAUCGUUCAUUGAUUCCGUUGGACUGCGGGCUCUGGAGCAAAUCGCCAGCGAUCUUGAGAAGCUGGGAGUGGAAAUAUUAUUAAGCCAAAACAAAGGAUCCAUCACUGAUCAGAUCAAGCGCUUAAAAGUGUUGAAAACCAUACCGGAACGCAAUAUAUUUCUCUGUGUGGAAGACGCAGUCGCCGAGGCCAAACGAAGAAUCAGAAAAAGAGCGGAACCGGACCAUAUACCUCUGGAAGAAACUCCUGACAAUCGAUUCUGGCCAACACCGGCGUUUAGAGUCGAAGGUCUUCCUGGAACCAAUUAAAGAUCCUUACACUAGAAGUGUUUUCGUAUUGCUGUGCGAUUUUUAUGGCUGUGAAUGCAGUUGAUGUGUGCAAAAACUGAGUGAUGCUGGCUGAUAUUUAUACUGUACUGUAUAUUACAGUAUUGCACUUUAUCCACGUAAAAUUCUCUUCACUGGUAUCAGAACAUCUAAAAAAGUUUACGACCGGA